AUGGAUCGUUUAAGGGUAGUUUUUCUUGGCCCACUGGCAUCCUUCUCACACCAGGCUGCAUCUGAGUCGUUUGGUAAAAAGGCUGCCGAUCUGUUGCCUCAUGUCUCCUUCGCAGACGCCUUUGCAGCAGUACAAAGUCAAGAGGCCGAUUACGCUGUGAUUCCGUGCGAAAACUCGACCAAUGGCUCGGUUGUUCAGACUCUUGACCUUCUUGCGGAUCGGAAUGAUCUAUACAAAGAUGUCAAGGUGUGCGGCGAGUACUAUCUAACCGUGCAUCACUGUCUAUUGGUACACAAGGGCUCAUAUCCAUCUGGUUGGUCCGGUUAUGAUGGGUCAAUCACAAAACUAUACACACACCCGCAAGCCUGGGGCCAGUGUGAAGUUGUGCUAUCGAAAUAUUUCAAGGGUGUCGAGAGACAAGAUGUCUCAUCUACAUCUAAAGGCGCAGAGAUUGUCUCUAAAGAGCCGACUGAGAAAAGCGCUGCUAUUGCCAGUCGUUUCGCCGCAGAGUAUCACGGCGUCGACGUGUUGAAGGAGAACAUCGAGGAUCGAGCGGAUAACACAACUCGAUUCCUCAUCUUGAGAAAUGUUCUUGCCAAACGUACCGCUCAAUAUGAUCUUGAGCAGCCGGAGGCGCCUACAUCGCAAGAAAAGCCCGUGCAUGAAGAUACACACAAGACAUUGGUCUCGUUUUCGAUAGAUCAUUCCUUGCCGGGUGCAUUGGCGAAUGCCCUUUUGAUCUUCAAGAAGCAUGGGCUGAAUCUUACAAGUAUAAACACAAGACCGAGUUUGAAGCGGGCUUGGCAAUAUAUCUUUUUUGUGGAGUGUGGUCGAACACCAUCAGAUGAGAACAAGGAUGCGGUUGUCAAGGCACUGACAGAUCUCCGAGUUGUCACCGAGUAUUGCCGGGAUCUUGGAACUUGGAAAGAUCAGUUGGGUACCAGUACGUUAUAG